CCUUUUAAAAAUUGAAAUAUAUUAAGCGUAUAAAAAAUAUAUGUAUCUAUUUCCAGAUUGUUAUUAAUUGAGAUAACAUAUUCUAUUACUAUUUUAACGGGUGUCACAACGAUAGUUUUAAAUAACUUGUAUAUUAGAAUGGAUGUUCUGACGAGACCAGCAGAGGAAUUCGGUAACGAUGAAACCCUAGAACAUUUAUGGGCAGCUAGAGCUAUGGAACACAGCGAUAUUUAUUUUAAUGUUUUAUGUUCAGUAGAUACGCGAUGGCUAAAAUUGACCCCACACGAUGAUCUUAUUUAUACACACUUUCGGCAAGAUUUUCCAGAUUUAGAUGUUGCUUACAUUAAGGAGAAUGAAAUCAAAAAUAACGUUAAUAAAGCCAAGUGGAGAGCAUACUGUGAAAAGUUUAAAACUAUUGUUGAGGACUACAGUUUUGGUACAUUGAUGAGAGCUGACACAAAUGGUGAUUACUCUGAAUCAAACACAAUUUUAGUUCCACGGGUCCAAUUUUAUGCUAUAGAAAUAGCAAGAAAUCGUGAAGGGUUGAACAAUGAAGUUAAAAAACUAUUUAAGUGUGCAUCCAAAGCUAAUAUGGAGGAACGAAAUCAUCAAACUGAAAUAAUGGCAUAGAUAUUAAAGUCUUCGGGAGACAUAAUUAUAACACAGCCAUCCCUAAGGCAGAAGGAACUAUGGACCUGCCAUUUUUGAUUUAUAAACUUGGAAAAUUGAUUUUAUUGUAACAGACAUUAAAUACAAAUAUGUUAAUCAAAUGUAGCAAUAUAAAUAUUCCUUAAAAUAUAUUAGUCCAAAACUUUCCUAUAACCUGCAGUAUAAUUAUAUCUAACAUAAUAUAGGUAGUAGGAAAGAUACUGUUACUUCACUGCUACUACCUGAAUAUUUCUCGGUAGUUGAGUUCUAAAUAUUUUAUAUGAACUUUCAGAUCUUAAUAAAAUGUUGUAAUUUAAGGAAUGUAUUAGUGAACUAUGUAAGUUCAUGUUUUAUAAUUGUAACAUGUUUAAUGUGAAUUUGAUAUGCAUAUCUUCACCAACAAAAAUCUGGAAGGUUUGAUUUGUUCUAUGUAUACUUGCCUUAACUUCACUAAUGGAUGGUAAAGGAUACAAAAAUGAAUGAGGUGCUCAAUUACUCAUACAUUUUUAUGAUUUUUUUAAAUAAAUUUUGUAUAGCA